AUGAAACGAACAGUAGAGGUAGGAUCUGCAUUUCGGGCGGCCAGUGGCAAGUUUGUGCCUACGAAAGAAAUUCGCUCCGGGGUUACCAAUAUAGGUCAAGGAAUCGUGCAUCUUUUGAGGGAGUCCAGGGGGCCUCCAAGAAAGGAAGUAGACGAUUCUCCCGAGUUGCUGGAGGAGCUCUCGCAUAAAGAUGGGACUGUUCUCGCCAUCCUCGCGGUUCCAUCUUAUAUAGGGCCAUCAGAUCUACUGGCCUGGACGUCACCAGCAGCCGAUGGUAUUCAGCAUCUCCGCAUAGUACAUGAUAAUCAACCAAAUCGCUCUAUGGCGGUCAUCAAAUUCCGCUCCAAAGGCGAUGCCGACCUUUUCCUAGAAACUUAUAACGGUCGCCAAUUUACCCCAAUGGAGCCCGAAACAUGUCAUGUUGUUCGGGUACUAUCCGUUCGGAUAAGCACGUUAGAUGCUGCCAGUCCAAUCCCUUACUUCGCAGAUCAAACCUCUGUGAUGUCGGAACUCCCGACAUGUCCGGUUUGUUUGGAAAGGAUGGACACCGCAUUAACCGGGCUUAUCACAGUUGCUUGUUCGCACACUUUCCACUGCUCGUGCUUAAGUAAAUGGGGAGAUGUAAGGUGCCCUGUCUGUCGUUAUUCACAGACUAUGCUGGUCACACAUCCCUCCUCUACAGUCCGCCCUCCAGAUCCCAAUGCACGCUGCUCAGAUUGUGGGACAGACGCAAAUCUAUGGAUAUGUCUUAUUUGUGGAAACAUCGGGUGCGGCCGCUACGCCCGCGCUCAUGCCCAUGCCCACCACGAAUUUUCGGCCCACUUGUAUGCACUAGAACUCGCCACACAGCGUGUCUGGGACUAUGCAGGUGAUGGAUAUAUCCAUAGGUUGAUUCAUGACCGUACCGAAGGCAAGCUCGUGGAGAUCCCGAGCUCUUCAAACACUCCCAAUAACAAGGGCGCAGCUAGCGGGGAGAGUUCGUUAGGCCCGGGACCUGACGAUAUGCGUGCGGCUGAGAAGGUCGAAGCGGUGGGACUCGAAUAUGCGAAUCUCCUCGCCUCUCAGCUUGACUCUCAAAGAUCUUAUUUUGAGGAGCAGGCCGCGGAACUCCGCUCCGCACUGGAUAGCGCCCGGGAGGAAUUGGCCCGCGUUAAGGCUGCGGCAGAAGAGCGAGCCAAGGAAGAUGAGGCCAGUCGUGCCGAAGCCAUAGAGCGCGCCGCAGAGAGCGAGACAGCACGAGCUAAUGCACAAAAACGAGCAGAGAGGAUGCAGGAUCUCGCGCGGAGAUUCGAGAAGGAUUUAAAGGCAGAACGGGCAGUAAGCGAAGGUCUGAUGAACAGGAUUAAUAAAUUACAGGAGGCAGAAGCUGCCGGUGCGAGUGAGAGAGCUGAGCUACAAUCAAGGCUAAAGGAUGUGGAGGAGCAGUUAAGGGAUGUAAUGUUCUUCCUGGAGGCUAAAACUACCAUUGAGCAACAAGGAGACCAAUCUGAGCUUGCAGGUGGCAGCGUUAUCGUGCCUCAAGCGCCACCCACUCCCAUACCACAAAAAGGAGGUUCACGAAAGAAAAAGGGUGGGCGGUGA